AUGCGCAAUCUCUCCAUCUUGUCGCAUCGAGCGAUAGCGCUGGCGUCGGACUCCCACAGGAUUGAAGCCACGGCAAUUGAUCUGGACGAUGCUUGCAUCUACGCAGUCGCCACAUCACGCACCUCACCUUCUUCAGCAGACGUCGCUCUCAGAUUCCUCAGAGCAAGCAAAGAUGGUCAAGAUUUCACGCAAUUCAACUCUCUGCUCGUACCCGGGCGUCUGCAACCACUGCCCGGUUCUUCGACCGCUGUUGCUUCCACCUCAGGCCGCACGGCUGGCGACGUAAUCAACUUGCACUAUCUCUCUGAUGGCGGGCAGGAGGUGCAGAACAAGUCCGCUCUUUGCACCGUGUCGGCGGGCGGCGACUUGCUUCUGCUGCCUCUGUUCGCAGACAGCCUGCAAGACGACGCACCGGCAAUCGAGCCUUCCGUAGUGGGUACUAUCGAGCAAGGCAUUGCAGCUGCCUGCUGGAGUCCAGAUGACGAGUUGCUCGUCAUUGUCACCUGCGAGACGUCCGAAAACGGCUCGUCGACAGGAAGGAGGGAGGGCGAAAAGGUGCUUCUCAUGACUCGAGACUUUGAAGUUCUUUCCGAGCUUAGCCUGCGCACCGAUGAGUUUGGCGAGGACGAAGCUGUCGAUGUGGGAUGGGGCAGCAAGGCGACACAGUUCCACGGAUCCGAAGGAAAGGCGGCUGCAGCAGCGGCUGCGGCUGCUGCUGCUGCCGCAAAGGAGAGCAAGACCGACACUCGAGGACCGAGGUUGCCAGAUGACGACGGGCGACCACGCAUCAGCUGGCGUGGCGAUGGUGCCUUUUUCGCAAUCAAUUCGCUCGAACCUUUUCACUCCUCUUCAUCAACCAGCUUGGAGCAAGUAGCAUGGCACAGGAUCAUCCGCAUCUACUCGCGAACAGGUGCGUUGUCAUCGACAUGUGAUCCAUCUGUGAGAGGUCUCUCUCAUACCCUUGCAUACCGACCCGCCGGAAAUCUUAUCGCUAGUACACAGAGAUUCGGCCCAUCGGGUGUGGAAGGACAAAUGUGGAGUCAGGGCCGCAAGGGACGACACGACGUGGUCUUUUUCGAGCGCAAUGGUCUCCGGCACGGCGAGUUCAGCUUGCGAGAGGAAUCAGCCUCGCAGCCCGAAGGCUCCCAGCUGGGCUGGAACACUUCGCAACAGCAAGGUGCAUGGACGAGGACGCAUCUUGUUCGGGAGCUCGCCUGGAAUGCUGACGGCUCAGCCCUUGCUGUGUGGCUCACCAGGGCUGACGGAGCUGCUGCUGCGCAAGAAGGGUCUGAACACGACGUGGUUCAGAUCUACACUACGGGCAACUACCACUGGUACCUCAAGCAGGAGAUCAUCGCCUCGGUCUCGAGCAACAGCGUGGAGCAGGUAAAGUGGCAUCCAGAGGACCCAUUGCACCUGCUCAUCGCAUACACACACGGCGUGGAGCAGCGUUAUUUCGCACACGAGACGGUUGUAUCUGCCGGGCGACCUCCUGUCGAUGUAGCCUGCGUAGCUGUCGCCGAUGGUGCUGCGAUAUUGCUGACGCCUUUCCGCAUGCAGAACGUUCCUCCACCUAUGGCUUCGCUCAGUUUGCUUCUGCCUCCUGCCGAUGCGUCGAUGCAGCCGAGUGCGGCAGCAGCUGUCACUGUUCCUUGCCAUACCGCCUGGUCGCAGCUCCCCGGUCGUUCUGCUGAUGAAGCUGUCGGUAUCAUGGCGGUUGUCUUCCAGAACGGUCAUGUUCAGAUCUGGCGGUUUGACUGGGGCGUUCUUGGCGGCGAGCUGAAAGUGGGAGGCAAGGAUGUUGCGGAGCCAAAGCUCAUUGCCACAGUGCAGGUCAAGCGCACACAUGGGCAGGUAGCAAAUGCAAGUCAGAUCGCAGUUGCAGGCUGGGCGACUUCUUCGCUCAGCGACGGCAAAUCGUGCAAGAUCUCGAUUGCGGUCCUGAGCUCCGACCCUCACGGUGCCAGCGUCGACCGCUUUGACCUGACACAGACUCACGAUGCAGCAGAGUUCAAAGUCCACACGCACAACACGGUGAAGAUCACGGGGCAUGGCAAGAAAAGAAUCGUGUCGGAUCCAUUUGUGCCUAUUUCGAAAGCACCGCCAAACUUCUACAUCGAGACUGAGGAUGGUGCGGUACAUGUCAUCGACGAAAGCGGCCUGCAGCUCGUAACCAAGCUCGAGCGAUUCUGUCCCGACUUGCGUGUGCUCGCUAGCGGCAGGUCAGGACAGCAAAGCAAGAUCAUCGGUCUUGCCUCCAACGGCCGAUUGCUCGCCGAAAGCCAAGUGAUCGCGAAGGAUGCUAGCUCCUUUACUCUGGUAGGCAGCUUCUUGGUCUGGACCAACACGGCGCACGAGGCGCGCUUCCUGCCGCUCACCGCCCUGCUGUGGAUGGCGGCCGAUGACACGCGAGAAGCAUCCGGGUCAGAAGCGAUCGAUCUAGGCAGAAGGGUAGAGCGCGGCAGUCGAAUCGUCACUGCGGUGCCUUCGGCAAUGUCGCUCAUCCUCCAGAUGCCUCGUGGCAAUCUCGAGACCAUCUAUCCUCGACCGCUCGUACUCGAGGUCGUGCGGCGCAACAUCGAUGCAAAGCGCUACGGUGCUGCUUUCCGCAUCUGCCGCACGCACCGUAUGGACGUCAACAUUAUCUACGAUCACGAUCCGGAGGCAUUCAUGAACAAUGUGACGACCUUUGUCAAGCAGGUUGCCGACGUCGAUUAUCUCAACCUCUUCCUGUCUGGUCUGCGAGACGAAGAUGUCACGACUACGCUGUACAAGCCUCUCUCGUCGCAGACGUCUGCGACGGCAAGAUCGCCGGAAGGCAAGGUGAACAAAGUCUGCGAUGCGAUCCGUGCUGAGCUGGAGAAGCUCGACUCGCGCAAGUACAUUCAGUCGAUCCUCACGACGCAUGUGCGCAACAAGCCGGCCGACUACGAAGCGGGGCUAUCGCUCCUCCUGCGACUCAAGGAGCAAGAUCCCGAGACGACCGAGGAGGCUGUGAAAUACAUCAUCUUCCUUGCCGACGCCGACAAGCUGUUCGACGUGGCUCUCGGCAUGUAUGACUUCACGCUGACGCUCAUGGUGGCGCAGCACGCCAAGCGCAAAGAUCCACGCGAGUACUUGCCGUUCCUGCGCGAGCUUCGCAGCCUGUCGCCGCCCGAGUAUCAGAAAUUCCGCAUCGACGACCACCUGGGGCGUCACGCGAAGGCCUUGUCGUGGCUGGUGCGCGCUGGGUCUGCAAACCAUCGGGAAGCUCUGCAGUACGUGGACAAGCACAAGCUGUACCACGAGGCGCUCGAGCUGUUCACGGCUGAAGGAGGUAGUCGGCUCCGAGACGCGUACGACUUGUUCGGGGAGUACCUAGUGACGAGGCGCAAGUUCGACGAUGCGGGGACGGCGUUCCAGCUCGCCGGCAAGAACAGGAAAGCACUCGACGCCUACCUUCAGAGCACGAAUUGGGCCGAAGCCAUCCGUCUCGCGUUCGUCGAGAAACUUCCCGCAGCCGAGAUCGUCGCGCUAGCGAAGACCUUUGUCGACGAGCUCGAGACAUCGCGUCGCUACACCGAGGCUGCGCGUGUCUGCCUGGAUUACGUGCGGGACGUCGAGCAGGCCGUCACCCUCCUGAGCCGCGGAGGUGAUUUCUCGGAAGCCAAACGUAUCUUGACUACGUACGGCCGACAGGAUCUGGUCGAAGUGACGCUGCAUCCGCUGCUUGUCGAAGCUGCAUCUACGCUCGUCGACGAUGUGGGCGAGAUGGAUGAGCAGCUGGGCAAGCAGCUCGAGCGCAUCCGCGAGCUGCGGGACAAGCGUGCGGCUGCGCUUGCGGACGGCAGCGCCGGGCUGUACGGCGACGGCGAAAACGACCCAGCACUGGACAAUCUCGACAUCAUGUCCGACACGUCGACGCAGAUGACGCAGUUCACGCGCUACACGCGCGCCGCCUCGAUCGCCUCGGCCCAAUCAUCGCUCGCCACGUUCAGCACCAAGUCCGGCAGCCGCAAGAAGGAGGCCAAGCUCAAGAAGAAGGCCGAACGCCAAAAAGCCAUCGGCAAAAAGGGCACGGUUUUCGAAGAGGACUAUCUCUAUGGAUCGGUUCAGAAGCUCAUCAAGGAACGCUUGGGGGCGGUGCAGCUUGAGACGGCCAAGCUCUUACCCCAUCUGCUCUGCGCUGCGACGGCUCAGAUCCGGGCGAGAGCGAAGGAGGUCUCGGCGGCGCUGGAGGCGUUUGAGAAGCAGGCGGGCAAGGCCGUGGAGCUGCUGUGGAGCUUCAGUCAGUCGGAUGACGAUGAGCGGUUCGAGCAGUUGGUGAGGUUUGAGCAGGAGAUCUUGGGUGGGCAGGUGGCUGAGAAUCCGAUGCUCGCCGCAAUGUCGUUUAGGGCUAUCGCCAAUCGGAGGAUCCCGAGACCGAAGCUCGAGCUGGCAGAGAACAAGUGGCGGCUUGUGCUGCUCGACAAGGAUGCCUGA